AUGAGGAGGGAGAACCAGAGCAGUGUGUCUGAGUUCCUCCUCCUGGGGCUCCCCAUCCGGCCAGAGCAGCAGGGUGUGUUCUUUGCCCUGUUCCUGGGCGUGUACCUGACCACGGUGCUGGGUAAUCUGCUCAUCAUUCUGCUCAUCAGGCUGGACCCUCACCUCCACAUCCCCAUGUACUUCUUCCUCAGCCACUUGGCCCUCACUGAUGUCUCCUUUUCAUCUGUCACCGUCCCUAAGAUGCUAAUAAGCAUGCAAACCCAGGACCAAUCCAUCCCCUAUGCAGGGUGCAUAGCACAGAUGUAUUUUUUCAUAUUUUUUACUGAUCUGGACAGCUUCCUUAUUACCUCUAUGGCAUAUGACCGCUAUGUUGCUGUGUGUCGCCCCCUUCACUACACCACCAUCAUGAGGCAGGAGCUGUGUGCCUCCCUAGUCGCCGGAUCCUGGAUCCUGUCUGGUGCCAGCUCCCUUUCUCACACUCUCCUCCUGACCCGAUUAUCCUUCUUCAUGGAAAACCAAACCAGCAUUUCUGAAUUUUUCCUGCGAGGAAUAUCUGGCUCACCAGAGCAACAGCAGUUAUUCUUUGGAAUUUUCCUGUGUAUGUAUCUUGUCACCUUGACGGGGAAUGUGCUCAUCAUCCUGGCCAUCGUCUCUGACCCACACCUCCACACCCCCAUGUACUUCUUUUUGGCCAAUCUGUCUUUUGUUGACAUGGGUUUAACAUCCUCCACAGUAACCAAGAUGCUGGUAAAUGUACAGACACAACUUCGUACCAUCUCCUAUGUUGGCUGCCUCACACAGAUGUACUUCUUUCUGAUGUUCGGUGAUCUAGACAGCUUCUUCCUGGCCGUGAUGGCAUAUGAUCGCUAUAUGGCCAUUUGCCGCCCUCUCCACUACUGCACGGUUAUGAGUCUGCGAGCCUGUGUCCUGCUGCUUGCACUGUGUUGGAGCCUCACCCACAUUGUUGCCUUGACUCAUACCCUCCUCAUGGCUCGGCUAUCCUUCUGUGUUGUUGGGGAAAUAGCUCACUUUUUCUGUGACAUAACUCCUGUCCUGAAGCUGUCCUGUUCUGACACCCACAUCAAUGAGUUGAUGGUUUUUGCCUUAGGAGGCACCGUGCUCAUGGUCCCCUUCAUAUGCAUUGUCAUCUCCUACAUUCACAUUGUAUCUGCCGUCCUGAGGGUCCGAACGCCUGGUGGGGGUGGCAAGGCCUUUUCCACCUGCAGUUCCCAUCUCUGUGUGGUCUGUGUCUUCUAUGGGACCCUCUUCAGCGCCUAUCUGUGUCCUCCAUCCGUUGCCUCUGAAGACAAAGACAUUGCAGCCGCUGCAGUGUACACUGUAGUGACCCCCAUGCUGAACCCCUUCAUCUACAGCCUACGAAACAAGGACAUGAACGUGGCCCUCAAGAGGCUCCUCGGUCAUAGGAGAAUUAUUGCUUCUUAG